CUUCAAACUAAUUAAUCACAUAUUUGAAAUGGAAUUCGUUUGUAUUGAAAAUUGAAGUAAACAACGAGGGAGAAAAUACACUCAACAAUACUCUUUAUUUAUACUGAGAUAUGGUUAUUAUAUAAAUUUGACAUGGCCAAAACUUUGAUUAAUUCGGCUUUAAGCUGUUUGUACAUCGUAGCUGCGAUUGUGUGCAGCAUCUCGGAAAAAGAUUUUAACAACCAAGCCUUGCGUAUUCAUAAUGGCUAUCGAAAAUUACAUUUAGCAUCGCCUUUGAAACUCGAUAAGACACUAAUCUUGAAAGCGCAAGCACUUGUGAAAACCGCAGUAAAAAAGAAGGGAUUUGGUGAAGUGAUGGCGGGCGAAAACGUGUAUCAAGUUUGCGCCACUUUUAAUGUAUCAUUAACGCCCAAACAAAUUUCUAAAGCAUGGUACGAUGAAGUUUGCCUAUCUGGUAUCAAUUUUCAAAAACAAAAAUUCGACAACGCUGAAAGUUUUACGCAAUUAGUUUGGAAGGACACGAAACGGUUUGGAAUUUCUGUCGCAAAAGGUAAAAAAGAUAAUCAAACAUGUACGUAUGUGGCUGCGUUGUAUCGACCCCCUGGUAACAUUGAAGAAUUUUAUGGAGAAAAUGUGGCGCUUGGAGAUUUAAAACGGGGGACAUAUUGCAAAAAUUUAAAACGAGAUGCGAUUGGAAAAAAGGAGAAGAACAAGAUUACACAAGUCUCCAGUGCGUAUAAAAAGGCAAAGAUUUACGCUGCCAGACGGACGGCACCGAAUAACAGACUUUUUAACGGCUACCGAAAACCUGUAAAUAACCCCAGACCAGUCAAUCAACGAGGCAGUUCAACCCGAAAUAAUAAACUGGUUAAUCGAAAUAAUCUUAAAGGUAAUCCAAAACUAAAAGGAAUUGUUCAAAACGCUCCUGAAGUAAAUUUGGCCCAUCAAAAUAACUUAAAUCAAGAAAAUUCAAAAGUUACCCAAACUAACCUUUUAACAAAUAAUGUUUUAGCAACCCAAAACAAUCAAAUGUUUCCGUUUUAUUUUGCGAAAAAUCAAAAUGGGUUGUAUUAUUUUCCUUCAUCAACCAUGCAUGCUUAUAACCACUAUAAUCCGCUCAAUCCUCUCCCUCUCCCUCGUCCCAAACUACCAGCUCAAGCCAGAACUGCAAUGCCUCAAGUACCACUUAAUACCAUAACACAAAAUAACCUCUUUAGUAAACAAUAUUACGGCGCACUUGCUAACAGCAACUUAGAGGUACAAAAAUUUAUUUUAAAUGAGUUGCAAUCAUCAACGCUUGCUCGACAUCAUACAUUUGUUCCAUUUAAUGCCACAAGGCUUGUAGAUCGGAUCCUAAAAGGCCGAAGUCUUACUCACGGGCUAUUUAACAUUGCAGCUCCUCGAAACGUGCACGCCUUUCAAAAAAGCUUUCUACCUCGAGUUCAAAAAGAUCAUCUUACUUCAAAACAAUUUAUUAAGAAGCCGUUGGUAAAACAAGUUGGAGCACGUGGUGGCGGCAACCUUGUGGGAGAAAACAAAAAAUCAACCGGAGUAGUUUCAAUUUCACGUCAGUCGAAUAAUGAUAAAAUGUCACAUGUACUUGAUAUACCAUAUGUUUCACAUCAUUUCAUGUUAAAUAAUACAACUCAUCACCUACCCGCAACUCGACGCGUCAUCUUUAAUAUGAAAGUGCAUCCAGUGAUCGCUUUGCCAGUCACACGUCAACUUAUAUCCAAAAAGAUGUUGCAUCCAGUGAAAGAUAAUUUUCUUUCAAGUAAAAUAGUAUUUCCAAAAAUGAACAACACGAUCCAAAUGAAGAAAUCAGGGAAAAUGAGGGCCACACCGAAUAAUCAUCAACAGAAACUAAAAAACCCGAAUAACCAUCUAGAAAAACAAAUCAAAAACAAAACGUUGAAAAACCAAACAAGUACAAACAAAUCUGCCGAAAGUAACAUGCAAAAGCCGAAUGCAAAAACUGUCGUUCUCCCUGAACAUCGAAAUAUAGGGAACAAAAAUAGUGGAGAUACUCUACAAAGGGCUAAAUUAAAUCUUACAACAUAUAUGAAUAAUAGUCACUCCAUGAAUAAUAGUCACUCCAUGAAUAAUAGUCACUCUAUGAAUAAUAGUCACUCUAUGAAUAAUAGUCACUCCAUGAAUAAUAGUCACUCUAUGAAUAAUAGUCACUCCAUAAUUGGAACAAUCUCUAAUGAGGGUAGAAACAAAAUGACCGAAAACAUAAGACCAGAAAAACAGCUUGAAGUGAGAAAAAUCACGGACGAAAAGGAAAAUCCGGAUCACCAUAACAGAAACGAGUUGGUAAAUGCAACAACCGGAUUACAAAGUAAUACCGGUCCUAAAAAUACAACGUCUUUGAAAGAAUCAGUAAAAAAUAAUGUCACGCAAAGCAAAAUUAAGUCUGCGCCUGGUAGAAUAUCUUACCACCACAAGGCGGACAUACAGUACAACCAUACCAAGUAUUUUCACGUUAAUAAAACGCAGAAAAGCAACAAGACAAGUCAACAAGAAAUAUUAUAUAACACGACUAACUCAUCAAAUAUUGGCGUGUCGAAACACAUAAGAAAAUAUUACGGUCAUAACACGUCAUCGCUACUGACCUACGACAAUAAAACCAGCAUAAUACGUAAAAACGGUACUGAAACAAAUCAAAACAACACGAUAGUCCGUCAUUUAACAUCUGCUAAGAGCGAAAAUAGAAAAAACAAAAUUGUAGAAUCGACCGCCGCUAAAAGAGCGACAUUACUUCAUAAUAACACAGAUGUUACCAAUCAUACUCUAGAAAACUACACCAGUGUUGUCAAUCACCCAAUAAAGAAUACAGGGAAUCAAAGUUUAAUCUCCAACCGCACUUUUGCCCACAAUGAAACCAACAAGAACUUCAACGAAAGUAUACCUAACGUUAGUAAUUAUAAAGAGGAACCUCUCGGUAUGGAUAACCAAACUUCAUUUAAUGAAGAUAGUACGCUUAAGAAUGGUUUGUUCAAUGUAACUAUAGAGAAAGGAAAAUUAGGAAAGACGGAUAACAAAACGAUGAAAAACAUUGACCCUCCUACAAGGAGUUUAAAUAAAAAUAUGUCCUUUAUAGUUGACAAAAAUCCCACAACGUAUUUAGCUUCCAACUAUUCACUGCGUUCUGUUAAUUUUCUGCAUUAUAAUAAAACUGUACCUUUACGACCAGCUGAACAGACUCAUACCAAGAAUGGCAAUAUUUCCUUAAAUCAUACAGAAUCUACUGCCAAGUCCCCAGAGUCACAAAAACUAACAAAUAUUGCCAAUAUAGCAUCAUCUGAUAUACUUGAGCGAAAUAUAUCAUCACUAGCCAGUGAUAGCAACAACUGGGGAGAGCUACCACAAUCUGAUAAUAUCGAGUCUCAAUUUGAUCCAACAGAAAGGAGUAUAGACGAGACUAGCAGCUUGGAUGUCUCAAAUGAUUUAAGCCAACACGAUGCAACUUAUUCUCAAGACACGUAUCAAGAUGGGUUUGAUCGGGAUAUGGUUGUGUCUGUUAAAGGGGGGACCCUUAGCGCAGGAAUCGAUAACCGUGACUUCUUAGACGACGGAGACGGAUUUAUUGUGAAUUCAGAGCAAGUUGGCGAUUUUGAAGAGACUGAAAAAGAGUAUGAAUCAGCGAGGCAAAGAGAUAACGAUGGUUUUGUCCGUGAUAAUGUAGAGGUGAAUAAUGAUGACGGUGGUAGUCGAUACGGCGAUGUAUCUUAUAAUGAUCAAUAUGGUGGACGACAUAAAAAGAAAAUGUCGCUGUUCGAUACAGUAAAACGCUUUUCGCAUAAUACUUACAAGAAGCGACGAUAUGAAGACAACAGUUUUCCUGAGAACGCUGAUGACAACGAAAACUGGAAACCUAUUCGACUAGAUGAUGUUGUAACACACACCGCCCUUGUUGAUACACACGAACAUGAUCCUUCAAGUAGAAGAAUGAAAGUUAGUUACAGAAAGAGAAAUAGGCGUAAAGAAUUAACGGCUAGCAGGAGACAAAAUGUUCAUACGACUAUAAACACGAUUCAACCAAACUCCUCCAGUACUGCUAUAUAUAACCAAUAUUAUAAUCCAUACUUUCAAUUAGGAACUACGGCAACACAAUCUACGACGAACGUACCAACCGCGAAAACAAACGCUUAUCCAACCAUUAUAAAAACCAACCCACAAAUUUUUUGGAAUCUUUCAUCACAAUCCUUACAGGAUAGCUCACAAGAAAGUAAUCAGACCUAUAAUUCACAAGCCAUGUAUUAUAAUUAUUUCCAACAAAACCAAAAAGUAAGGCAAGCCGAUGUACAAUCAACGUUUGCACCUAUCCUGAGUACUACCAAUGCUCAAGCAUUCAGCAGCAACCAAAAAACUGGAAGCAAUAAACCAGAAGGAACAGUUACAAACUACCAACUUGCUAAGAAUGUGACAACACCUAACAUACCUACCUUUGCUAAGCAGACAACUUCUCAAAAUUAUAUUGCCCCCGUGGUGUCUCUCGACUCUAGCACAAAGGUAGUUGAUCUGGCAAGUAGUUCCGAUGUGGUUUCACUUAAUGCCAGUUAUCUACACAAAAAUCCUACUCAAUCAAGAAGUAUAGAGGAAAACAAACAACAAAGCGGCACAUUUUCAUUCAGCUCCCAUGGAGGAAGUAGUGGCGGAGGUCGAAUAUAUUCAAAUCGUUAUUCCUCGUCUGGUGGAAUGUCUGGAGGCAGGCUGUCUGGCUCAAAUUUAAAAAUGAGUGGAAGUAAAUCUUCCUCAGGCAGCAGGUUCUCCUCAGGUGGUAUGUCCAGUAGAAUGAGUAGUGGUCGUCGAAUUUCAAUGUCCGGUAGUAGAAUGUCCAGCUUUAGGGGAGGUAUGAGUGGAAGUGAAGGUAUGAGUGGAAGUGGAGGUAUGAGUGCAAAUGGAGGUAUGAGUGCAAGUGGAGGUAUGAGUGCAAGUGGAGGUCACUCUUCCAGUGGGCGUUUCGGGUUUGGUGGUAAAAGUUCGGGUGGUGGUGGUGCUAAAGUAGGUGCUACUGGCUCCAUGGUUGGCGCAAUGAGUAAAGGGGGCGCGAUGAGUGAGAAAUUAGGAGGAGCAAUGAGUGGAGGAAUGAGUGGUGGAAUGAGUGGUGCAGAAAGUGGUUCAAAAAUUGCUGGAGGUGGGACAGUAGGAGCAAGUGGCGCAAUAGGGGCAGGUGGAAAUUUUGGUACAAAAGGUAUUUCGGGAGCAGGUGAAAUAUCAGGGACAGGUGGACAAAUAGGGGCUAGUGGGAUAGGUGGGGCAGCAGGAUCCGGUGUAUCAGGUGCAGCCGCUGCUAAUGGAGAAAUAGGAACAGGAGGAGCAACAGAAUCAGGUGGUACGGUAGGAGGAGGUGGGAAAGCCGGACCAGGUGAACAAGAACCAGGAGGUGCGGCAGGGAUGGGAGGAGAACUAGGAGCAGCUGGAGCUACAGGCACAGAAGGAGUAGUUGGAGCAGGUGGGGCGGCAGAAGAAGCAUAUGGUGCAGCAGGAGCAGGUGGGGAAGCAGGAGCAGGUGGGAAACCAGGAGCAGGUGAUGCGGCAGGAGCAGGAGGUGCGGCAGAAGCGGGUGGUGCGGCAGGAACAGGUGGUGCGGCAGGAGCGGGUGGUGCGGCAGGAGCAGGUGGUGCGGCAGGAGCAGGUGGUGCGGCAGGAGCAGGUGGUGCGGCAGGAGCGGGGGGUGCGGCAGGAGCAGGUGGUGCAACAGGAGCAGGUGGAGAAAUAGGAGCACAAGGGGAAGACGGAUCAACUGGGGCAAUAGAAGCUGUUGGAUCAGCAGGUGUUGGUGGGGCAGGUGGCGCGACUGGAACAGGUAAAAUAGAAGGCACAGGUGACGUAGCAGGUGCAGGUGGCGCAGCUGCAGCAGGUAAGGUGGAAGGAGCAGCUGGGGCAGACGUUGCAGCUGGGGCAGAAGGAGAAGCUGAGGAAGCUGGGGCGGAAGGAGCAGGUGGGGGAGUUGGAGCAGGUGGGGCAGUUGGAGCAGGAGGGACAGUUGGGGCAGGUGGGGCAAUGGAAGACAAUGUAUCAGCAGAAGGUGGUGGAGCAGGUGUUGCGGUUGGAGCAGGUAGCGCAGCACCAGCAGGUGGGGCAGAAGGAGCAGGUGGAGCAGAAGGAGCAGGUGGUGCUGAAGGAGCUGAUGCUGCUGGGGCAGCUGGUGGGGCAAUGGAAGCCGCUGGAUCAGCAGGGGGUGGUGGAGCAGAGGGUGCGGCAGGAGCAGGUGGUGCAGGAGGAGCAGGUGUUGCGGCAGGAGCAGGUGAAGUAGAAGGACCGGUUGGAGCAGCAGGAGCAAGUGGGGUAUCAGGAUCAGGGGGAGUAGAAGGAGCGGGUGGAACAUCAGGAGCUGGUGGGAAAUUGGGAGCUGCUGGAGCUGCAGGAAAUGGUGGAACUACAUCAGCAGGUGGUGCACCUGGAACAGGGACAGGAGAGUCUGGUGGAACAACCGGAACGGGAAGUGAAGCAGGAAAAGAGGGUGGAGUGAGCGGUUCAACGGGAGCAGCGGAAACAGGUGGUAUAAAAGCAGAAGGAAGUCAAGAAAAUGUUGCUGGUGGAGGAGGAGGUGAUCAACUAGGAGUAACUGGAGAAACAGGGGGAACUCAAGAAGGUACUGCGAAUAUUAGUGAAGGAAGCCAGGCCAUCGGUGGAAUUGCUGCUGCAGAUCAAAGUGGUAGUAAUGAAGGAACCAGUGAAAGCCAAGGGUCUAAGGGUGAAUCUGCUGGAGGAAGUAAGGAGUUUAAUCAACGCACUAGUAAUAAGGGUGGAGAAGUCGGAACUACAGACAGCAACAGCAAUAGCGAAGAGGAACAUGGUGGUAAUAAUGGUCAAUUAGAUACUGAUCAAAAUAGCUCCAGUAGCAGUUCUACAAAUGAGAAUGGGAAUGUCAGCGCAGGAGAUGAUUUGGAUGCGUUUGCUCGUACUGCUCUUGAAAUUCAUAACAAAUUUCGCCAUAUUCACGAAUGCAAUCCGUUAACGAUAGACAAAGGUCUGCAAAAAGAAGCUCAACAACAUGCCGAAGAAGGGGCGAAGAAAGGUAAGCUACAACCAUCAGAUGGAGACGAAGGUGAAAAUUUGGCCAUGAAAUGCUCCCAAAAUGAAAUGACUGCAGAUGAAGCUGUUAUACACUGGUACCAAGAAGUUUGUAAAAACAAUUACGACUUUGAGUCUGGGAUCCCUGGUGAUGCUGGGCAUUUCACCCAAGUUGUUUGGUCAGCUUCACGAAAAGUUGGUUUUGGUAAGGCCACUGCCAAAAAUAAACUUGGUUUGUUAUGUACUUACGUUGUGGCUAGAUAUAGUCCAGCUGGAAAUAUUGUGGAGAAAUUCAAGGAAAACGUUAAAAAGGGUAAAUUUGAAACUUCGAUGUGCUCUGACAUCAAAGGAAUGCUUGGAACAACAAGUGGUACUGGCUCUGGUAAUGGGUCGGGCAGUGGCAGUGGAACCGAAUCUGCUAACGGAAACGGUAGUGGAUCGGGUAAUGGAAACGGUAGUGGUUCAGGUAAUGGAAACGGCAGUGGAUCUGAUAAUGGAAACGGUAGUGGAUCUGGUAAUGGAAACGGUAGUGGUUCAAGUAAUGGAAAUGGUAGUGGAUCAGGUAAUGGAAACAGUGGUGGAUCUGGUAAUGGAAACGGUAGUGGAUCAGGUAAUGGAAACGGUAGUGGAUCAGGUAAUGGAAACGGUGGCGGAUCUGCUAAUGGAAACGGUGGUGGAUCUGGUAAUGGAAACGGCAGUGGAUCUGGUAAUGGAAACGGUAGUGGAUCAGGUAAUGGAAACGGUAGUGGAUCAGGUAAUGGAAACGGUAAUGGAAACGGUAAUGGAAACGGUAAUGGAAACGGUGGCGGAUCAGGUAAUGGAAACGGUAGUGGAUCAGGUAAUGGAAACGGUAGUGGAUCAGGUUAUGAAAACGGUAGUGGAUCAGGUAAUGGAAACGGUAGUGGACACGGUAGUGGAUCAGGCAAUGGAAACGGUGGCGGAUCUGGCAAUGGAAACGGUAGUGGAUCUGGUAAUGGAAACGGUGGUGGAUCAGGCAAUGGAAACGGCGGCGGAUCUGGUAAUGGAAACGGUAGCGGAUCAAGUAAUGGAAACGGUAGUGGAUCAGAUAAUGGAAACGGUAGCGGAUCUGGUAAUGGAAACGGUAUUGGAAACGGUAAUGGAAACGGUAGUGGAUCAGGUAAUGGAAACAGUAUUGGAAACGGUAAUGGAAACGGUAAUGGAAACAGUGGCGGAUCAGGUAAUGGAAACGGCGGUGGAUCUGGUAAUGGAAACGGUAGUGGAUCUGGUAAUGGAAGCGGCAGUGGAUCUGGUAAUGGAAACGGUAGUGGAUCUGGUAAUGGAAACGGUAGUGGAUCUGGUAAUGGAAACGGUAGUGGAUCUGGUAAUGAAAACGGCAGUGGAUCUGGUAAUGGAAACGGUAGUGGAUCUGGUAAUGGAAACGGUAGUGGAUCUGGUAAUGGAAACGGUAGUGGAUCAGGUAAUGGAAACGGCAGUGGAUCUGGUAAUGGAAACGGCAGUGGAUCAGGUAAUGAAAACGGUAGUGGAACAGGUAAUGGAAAAGGUAGCGGAUCAGGUAAUGGAGACGAUUUAGGAGGAGGAGGAAAUAGUAAUGGAUCAGGAUCUUCCAAGGAAAACGGGGGAAAGGGAAGUGGUUUAGGAAACGGCAAUGGUUCAGGAAGUGAUAACGGCAAUGGUAGUGGUUCGGGAGGUGGAAAUGGAAGUGGUUCAGGAAAUGGUGGUGGUAAUAGUUCAGGAAGUGGAAAUGGAGGUGGUUCGGCAGGCGGAAAUGGAGGUGGUUCAGGAAAUGGCAACAGUAGUGGUUCAGGAGGUGGAAAUGGAGGUGGUUCAGGAAACGGUAAUGGUUCAGGAAAUGGUAACGGUGAUGGAUCUCGUGGAGAAAAGGAUACUAGUUCAGGUGGUGGCAAUGGAAGGGGAAAGGAAGGUGGAUCAGGCAAUGAAAACGCUUCAGGAAAUAGUAACGAAAGCUCUGGAAAUAAUGAUGAGGAAAAAAAAGGGAAUGGCUCAGAACACGGUUUUGGUAAUGGUUCAGGUAAUGGAGGUGGCUCAGGAAGUGGAAGUGGGCCUGGUAGUGGAUCGGGGAAAGGCAGCGGUUCAGGAAAUGGUUCCGGUAGUGGAAAAGGAUCUGGUAAUGGUUCAAGUAAUGGAGGUGGUUCAGGAAGUGGAAGUGGGUCUGGUAGUGGCUCGGGGAAAGGCAGCGGUUCAGGAAAUGGUUCCGGUGGUGGAAAAGGAUCUGGUAAUGGUUCAGGUAAUGGAGGUGGUUCAGGAAGUGGAAGUGGGUCUGGUAGUGGCUCGGGGAAAGGCAGCGGUUCAGGAAAUGGUUCCGGUGGUGGAAAAGGAUCUGGUAAUGGUUCAGGUAAUGGAGGUGGUUCAGGAAGUGGAAGUGGGUCUGGUAGUGGCUCAGGGAGAGGCAGCGGUUCAGAAAAUGGUUCCGGUAGUGGAAACGAAUCUGGUAAUGAUUCAGGUAAUGGAAGUGGUUCAGGAAAUGGCUCAGGAAGUGGAAGUGGGUCUGGUAAUGGCGCGGGGAACGGCAGCGGUUCAGGAAAUGGUUCCGGUAGUGGAAAAGAAUCUGGUAAGGGUUCAGGUAAUGCAGGUGGUUCAGGAAAUAGCUCUGGAAGUGGAAGUGGGUCUGGUAGUGGCUCGGGGAAAGGCAACGGUUCAGGAAGUGGUUCUGGUAGUGGCAAAGAAUCUAGUGGUGGAUCUAAGGGUCCUUCAGGUGGUUCUGGACCAGAAAUUACCCAGGCCACUAAUGAGGUUGGAGUGCAGAAAAAGCCAGAAGGUGGAAACGAAGAUGACACAACAGAAACAGAAUCGAGCAGUAGUUCAGAAAACAACUGCCAGACAGGAUGUACACCACAACAACCAGUACCUCCACCACCAGCUCAGCCACCAACUGGAGGUUGUGGUCAACCAGGAUGUGGUAUUCCACCACCUUGUGCAACGUGUGGUGUACGCGGACGAAUAGAUAACAAAUUGUCAAAGAAAUCAGGUAUAAAAUAUAGAAAAAGACUUAAGUAUGACGCUGCAAUAUUCAAACGGUCACACCAUAACAAAAAAGAUAAACUUGUUGCGAAACGCAUACUACAAGAACUAAUAAAAAGACUACCUGAACAAAACACGUGAUGCGCUAUAAACGUUUUUGAGGUGCAUACGUACGCACCAAAGUACACAUUACCGAAGUAACUGAGCAAAAUGCUAAUGAUACGUCACUAAUACGCUUAUUAUACGUGUGUUCGUCAAACUUAAGUGUUAAAAUUUCCUCAACACCUAGGUCAUGAAACAGUUGAUGAAAGUGCGCUAUACUAUAAGUUUGACAAGGUACAUGGUCCAAUUGUCAAUCGGCUACUAUCGGUUAUUCGCUUUGGAAAGCAGCUACAUAUAGUCAUAUAAUCUGUCACUAAAAGGAUGCGUUCUCCACUCUUUUCUGUUGUGUAUGUAUCGAAUGCAUGCACAAC